GUUUUCAUGCACAUUGCGACUGAUGUUGAACGCACAUGUUCUGCGGUUUUGAUUGUUGUUUACAAUAGACAAAAUAAACAAAUCUAGCAAGGUGUUUUUAUUUGCAAUUUGAUCGUUGGGUGGUAAUUUUAUUUUCGAAUCCCACUGCUCAUUGAAGAUGUUUCGCCAGUUAUCCCUUACAGUACUUGUUCUCUUGUGCUGCCGAUUGGGCGAAGCCUUCAAUGGGCCAGCCGUUUACCAACUCACUGAACCGUUGGAACACGGCGAAGAACCGACAUGGGAUCCAAGGACCAACGCCCUAUAUUUCGUCGAUAUCCACGUGGGCAACAUCCAUAGUUACUUCUACGAUUCCGAUGAACAUUAUGUGGCCCAUUUGAACGGAGAAGUUACCCCCAUCAUUCCGUCGAAGUCCAACGAAAGCUUGUUCGUAGUCGGAGUCAAUAGGACGUUGGUUGCUGUUGGCUGGGACGGCAGAAACAACUUGGGAAAAGAACAGGCUUUGACGGAAAUCUCCAAACAGUUCCCGGAUUCCAGAUUUAAUGACGGCAAGGCAGACAAAGAAGGACGCUUGUGGAUUGGUACCAUGGGAGGUUCGAAUGCCGCAGGGGAGACAAAGGAAAACGAAGGGGUUGUUUACAAAAUUACGAAAGACAACCUUGCCAAUCCUGCCGUUGUAAUUGCGCCCGUAACAAUCAGCAACGGAUUGGCUUGGAAUAAGGCCAACGACAAAUUUUAUUACAUCGACAGCCCAACUUACCAAGUUUUGGAAUAUCAGUACGACGAUGAAAAGGGAGAGAUAUCGAAUCCGCGUGUUGCUAUUAACGUGACCGGAUUACCAAAUGUUGUUGGUCAACCCGACGGCAUGACCAUCGACACGGACGAUAACCUUUGGAUUGCUUUGUAUGGAGGAGGUUCCGUCAUCAAAGUAGACCCUAGAAGUGGAGAACUCUUACAGGUGGUUCCUAUUCCCGCACGAGAUGUUACGUCGACGAUGUGGGGCGGUCCCAACCUUGACAUUCUAUACGUCACUACUUCUAAAGUGUCCUUAACUGAAGAAGAACUGAAGGAAUAUCCAGGUGCCGGAAGCUUGUAUGCAGUUACGAACUUGGGAGCCCAAGGAUAUGCAGUAUUUAACGCUGACCUAGAUUAGUAAAUGAUAGUUCGCACCGAAUAAAGAACUAAAAAUAGAUAAAUCUUGCUUUCAAGGUUGUAUGUUUUAAUGA